GCAGGCGGGAGCCCGGAGUGGUGGGGUGGGGGGAGAGGAGAGGAGAGGAGAGGAAGGAGAAGAGAAGAAGAGCUCCGCUUGAGGUCUGGCGACGAGAGAUGCUGGGAGGCUCGCCGGUCCGCCCGAGGGAAGAAGUUGCCUGGAGGAACGGAGAGGAGGCCGCGGCACGCGCCCAGCGGUGGAUUUUGCCGGACCUGCAUCGCCUUAGCAAGGCCGUGUAACCACAUUCUGAAGUGUUGUUACAAAGAUGGAGCUCUCUAAAAUUUCAGUCAUCUUUCAGUGUACAUUUUAAAGAUUUUUUUUUGAAACCUAAAAAUAUUAUUCUUUUUCAUAUAACUGACUGUGUUAACUUUUGAUGAAAUCCAAGGACAAUGAACUCAUUUUCAUUUUGGGAUCUUUUCCUUCGGUACAGUGAAAUCCCAUUCUCACUGUGUUCUUUGGGGAAAACCUGAACUAAUCUACGGUGUUUUUUUUUCUCAAUCUUACCAACUUGCUCUCAACAUUGAUCCAAAUUAUUCAUGUUAAAGUUCCGUGUAGUAUGCCUUGAUUUUCAAGAUCUGUGAAGUAUUUUCUUUAGCCUCAGUUUAAAAAACACAACAACUAUCGCACAAGGAUUUUUUAAUUGUUUGUGGAAGAUUACUUUUAUGUACUUGAUUUUCCUCCCUGACUACUGUAAAUGGAUCCUCACUUCAAUGCUUUAAUGGUACUAAUAUGAGGCAUUGCAUUCAUUGUUGCAUAGCAUUGUUAUCAAAUGACUUUCAUAAACAGUGUUUCAAGUGCCGAGGCCCAAGUCAUAAUAUCCAAAAGUGUCCUCUAUGCAGAGGAGAAAAUCAAGUUUUGCUUGUGGAUAGCAAGCAGAUGAACUUACUUGCAGUUUUGGAAGUGAGGACUGAUCAUAAUGAUAGCUGGGCUGGACUGUUCUGUUUGAAGAAGGGGAAGAUAUGCAGCUUAUUCUUUGGAUUAUUAAUAAUGAUGUUGGUGACCGCAUCUUAUAUUCUGACCGGAACUAAAGAUGGUCUUUUGCUUAUGCAACCAACACUCCAUUAUGGAGUUUUUACCAGCAAUUCAAACUCACUGGACAAUGGCAAUUUCUGUGAUAAGAAAGAACAUUACCAAAAAUCUAAAAUGAAUAUUUCAUAUGCAAAGGAUUAUUCCAGCAUUAAAGUAAUUAUUGACACUAUAGCUUCACACAUUGAGUUCAUACCAAGGUAUCCUCCUGACUUGGAAGAUCUGAAGAAACAAGAGACACAUAUGUUCUCAGUAAUUCCCAACAAAUUUCUCCCAAACAGCAAGAAUCCUUGCUGGUAUGAAGAAUACAAAGGAAACAAUACCAGAAACCCUUAUGCCACAAACUCCUAUGCCUUGUAUUCCAAACGUUUUCGUACAACAUUUGACUAUCUUCGAAAAGUAUUUUGGAAUCAUUUAUAUCAUUAUGAUGACAAAUAUUACCGGCUGCGCUGUCUUCCUCAUUUUUAUAUCAUUGGCCAACCGAAAUGUGGAACAACAGAUCUUUAUGAUAGGCUCAGACUACACCCUGAAGUGAAAUUUUCAGCAAUUAAGGAGCCUCACUGGUGGACCAGAAAACGUUUUGGGAUAAUUCGUUUGAGAGAUGGAUUUCAUGAUCGUUACCCUGUGAAUGAUUACCUAGAUCUGUUUGAUUUGGCUGCCCAUCAGAUUCAAAAUGUGCUGCAGAGAGAUUCUGAAAACAGCUAUGAAAAGAGGAGCAACAUUAUUAUUGGAGAGGCAAGUGCUUCAACAAUGUGGGACAACAAUGCUUGGAUUUUCUUUUAUGACAACAGUACAGAGGGGGAACCUCCAUUCUUAAUACCAGAUUUUAUUCAUGCCUUCCAGCCAAAUGCAAAGCUUAUUGUUAUGCUUAGAGAUCCUGUUGAAAGAUUAUAUUCUGAUUAUCUCUACUUUGCAAGUGCUAAUAAAUCUGUAGAAGACUUCCAUGAAAAAGUGGCUGAGUCAUUACAACUCUUUGAGAAUUGCUUGACAGAUUUCUCUUUGCGAGCCUGUGUAUACAACAACACCCUUAAUAAUGCCAUGCCAGUAAGACUUCAGGUUGGUCUGUAUGUUGUUUUCCUCCUUGACUGGCUGGCGGUUUUCAAUAAAGAUCAAAUAUUAGUUCUCCGGUUGGAGGAUCAUGCAUCCAAUGUAAAAUUAACUAUGCACAUAGUGUUCCAGUUUCUUGAUUUAGGUGGUCUAAGCGAAAAACAAGAAGCUCUAAUUACUAAAAGUCCUGCAUCAAACACUAGAAGACCUGAAGAUCGGAAUCUAGGUCCUAUGUUGCCUAUCACAAAAGAAAUUCUGUGUGAUUUCUAUCAGCCUUUCAACAAAAAACUUGCUGAAGUUCUUUCUGAUGAAGCUUUUUUAUGGAAAAAGUCCUGAUUUGACCAUUUCAGAGCCACCACUGCAGUGCUUGGAGAGAAAAAGAUAUAUUUUUAAAAAUUUUGUUUUUCAGAUGUAAAUAAUUGCCAUUGUGAAGUCAGUAAAUCUGCAUUUUCAUGUUUCUCUCACUUGCUAUUAUGAAAAAUUCUUUUCCACACUGGAGCCCUUCAAGUGUGUUAGGGCUAUGAUACGCAGAACUUUCGUCAGCAUGGGAACUCCCUAUUAAGGAAUGCUGGAAUAUGGAAGUGGAUUUCCAAAGAGGAAUAUAAUGAUUUUUGCCAUUUUUUCUCAACAAAAGAGCAGUGUACAGAUAAGUUUGGUUGAAGCAAUCUUAAGUCUUCUUUAAAAUAACUGUAAUAUAAUACAGAAAUUAGCACUAGGUACCUAAAAUGCACAUUUGUUUUCACUUUUAAGUAUAUCUUGCAAUAUUUGGGAACUGUUUAAAAUGGCUUUUUAACCAUUAAAAGUUGAUUAAUUUUAA